UAAUAGUAGUAGUAGUUAAUUCCCCUUUUCCUUUUUAUAAAACGGAGCUCACAAUUUAUUUAUUUAUUUAUUUAUUUUUGGGUUUCCGAGGGUCGUCAUCCCCAAACAAGUUGUUUGGGGACGAUGCCCAGGAAGUUUUUGCCCCCCUUUACUAGUCUCUAUAAAGUGUUUGAUAUUUGUCCCCAAUAAAUUUGUGUAUUGCCUUCUACUCAUGCUCCAGUCUGCUUCUGUUAAUUUUUUUUUCCGAAGGGCUGCCAGAAGUCUGCUUUUUUAAAAUUUUGGUUUCCAGAUCUGCAUAUAUCCCUUUCUGUCAGACCAUCUCAACAGCUUGCUGCAUUACAAUUACAUUCUGCCCUUUCAGGUUUAUUUUGCUGUGAUGGAAAAGGAUUUCGAGUUCUCGGCACGACAGCGUCCCUCCUCGGUAGAACUGCCGUCUCUUCUCGCAUGCGUCCAAUCAAACAUUGCUAAUUUUGAUAUCACUCCCAGCCCUCGAGGAGAAACUCCGCAUUCCAACGGCUCAGAGAUCACUGGUGUUCAGAAUCUUACCAAUGUGGGUAGCGCGCCUUCACGGAACUCGCCAAUCCAAGCAAUUAAACCCCACCAUGCACAUACUAUUUCCAUUAGCUUGCCAUCGUCGCCUUCCGGACUUUACGUAGGACAGAAUAGCGAAAUUGCGAUGAGCGGAAAAGCUGUCGACAAUGUGUCCAAUGAGCAUUCAAAUUACCAUAAGAAUCCGCACAUUGUCAACCUGCAGCAACCGAAGAAGGCGAUGUUUCACUCGCAGCCCAUGCCAGUUGGAGAUAGGAAAGUUCUCAAUCCUUUGGAGGCUCAGCCGAGGAAUCCUAGGAGCAGCAGACUGCGAGACAACCGCUACGAUUCGUUCAAGACUUGGUCAGGUAAACUUGAAAGGCAGAUAUCGAACUUACGCGGAAAACCGCAGGAAGAGGAGGAGAUCAUUGAUUCUCAAAAGCCCGAGCCAGCACCCGUGCCCGGAGUGGACCGCUUCUUCGAUGCCUUAGAGGGGCCUGAAUUAGAGACUCUCAGGGCGUCGGAGCAGUUGGUUCUUCCUGAAGACAAGAAAUGGCCUUUCCUUCUGCGCUUCCCGAUAUCAUCCUUCGGUAUGUGCCUCGGCGUGAGCAGCCAAGCGAUGUUGUAUAAGACACUAGCCACAUCCCCCUCCACAAGUUUCCUACACAUGAGCCCGAAAGUCAAUCUUGUUCUGUGGUCUAUCUCUAUUUCUCUAAUGGCCGCCGUUUCCUUCAUUUACUUUCUGAAAGUCAUAUUCUACUUCGAAGCUGUUCGUCGCGAAUACUACCACCCUAUUCGCGUAAACUUCUUCUUUGCUCCUUGGAUAGCUUGCCUGUUCUUAGCCAUUGGGGUGCCACCACUAGUUUCGGAAAACCUUCAUGGCUCUCUUUGGUAUGUUCUAAUGGCUCCGAUCCUGUGCCUUGAGCUUAAGAUUUAUGGCCAGUGGAUGUCGGGAGGCCAAAGGAGGCUCUCGAAAGUUGCGAAUCCUUCGAACCAUUUAUCGGUUGUCGGCAAUUUCGUCGGUGCAUUACUAGGUGCUUCUAUGGGACUUCAAGAAGGGCCCAUCCUCUUCUUUGCUGUUGGAUUAGCUCAUUAUACUGUACUAUUUGUAACUUUAUACCAGAGGCUUCCGACAAAUGAAACGCUUCCGAAGGAGCUUCAUCCGGUGUUCUUUUUAUUCGUGGCGGCACCUAGUGUUGCUUGCAUGGCGUGGGCGAAGAUCACGGGGGAAUUUGGUUACGGAUCAAGGAUUGCUUACUUCAUUGCUCUUUUCCUCUAUGUUUCCCUUGCUGUCAGGGUGAAUUUUUUCCGAGGAUUCCGGUUCUCAUUGGCAUGGUGGGCAUAUACAUUUCCUAUGACCGGGGCAGCGAUUGCGACGAUUAGAUACUCAUCGGAAGUGAAGAAUGUGUUCACAGAGUCACUCUCUGUUGUACUCUCGUGCAUAUCGACUCUAACGGUAAUAGCUUUGCUCGUCUCUACGGUCGUUCAUGCUUUCGUACUCCGUGAUCUCUUCCCAAAUGAUAUUUCCAUUGCCAUUACUGAGAAGAGACUAAAAUCAAGCAAGAAGCAUGUGCGUGUAAGGGCCGCGAGCUCGGAUGCUCAAGACUUAGAAGCAUGUGUUUCUGGAGAUAGCGAAGGGCAUUAGAUACUUUUCGUUCAUUCGAUGAACAUAAUAUAGUAUCUUGAGCUAAAAUGCAGAUAACUCUCGGAAUUUACCACGAUACUUUUACAAUGAAAACCUGCAGAAAAAAAACACCUCAGUAUUCAUACUGUUCUCACUCGUGCCUUUCGUAAUGCUGUUGUUCAUAAAUUGUUAGCAAAUCCUCAAACAUAAUUUCAAAAACACAAACUGUAGCCUUGACGGAAAAAUGACAGCUAUAAGUGGGGGAUUGACGAAAAAAAUAACGUUUCAUGGAUGAUAAACCUACGAAAGCGACAUAAAAAUCGAGAAAGUUUUCUGCAGGUUUUCACUAUCGAGAGGGGCGAAGUACAAUACACUUAGCUGAGGUAUCUGCAUUUUAUUCUGAAAUUUUUCUGAUGCUGUCGGGUUCUCGUAUGUCUCAAGAAGCUAUCGAAACAUUUUUUGUCGAUGAAGAUUGUUGAGUUGAAACAUUAAUGUAAAUAUCCUUUUACCCAUGGCUUGCUUAUUGUUCGAGAAGUACAAUUUCGAGAGUACAGUAUCAUCGAGCUACUGCUCGUGUCUCUGUGAACUUUUUGAUGUCUCUGUGAACUUUUUGAACCUUAACAUGUUUCGCUCUUGUUC